GUGGUUUGAUCUGUCGAGGUCGGUCGCGCGCGUCAGUAGUGUUGUUGUUUUUGAUCUCCGAAGUCCGACAACGAUUUCGCGGAUAGAUUUCGCUCGGGACCGAAACUAUCCGAAAUAAAUCGGAGUCGGGUGUCAUGCGUUGAAUAAAGUUCGAAUAAUCCUCGAUUUAAAUCGUUCCGUUCCUUCCCCGCCGCCCCCGCGGCCCCCAGCGACUAUAUUUGCUCACGCGUUGUGCAAGAGACAGGUAUAUCCAAAUAGAAGCGAUUUCGCAACGCACGGCGAGAGAUGCUGACUCCACGUUUCGAGAUUACCCAGACCGACGCGGACGUGACGAUAAUCGUCCACGCACCGUACGCGAAUAUAAAGGACGCGGAGGCCUGCGUCGACGGGACGGACUUCCUCUUUACCGCCACCCCGUAUUUUCUCAGACUGCAGCUGCCAGGUAAGAUCGAGGAGAAUGAAACAUCCUCCGGUGCCUAUGACUGCGAGAAGGGUGAUUUUACCUUGCGUUUUCCCAAGGUAAACAAAGGGGAGCACUUUGAAAACUUGGAGAUGAUAACGACUCUUCUGGCCCCGCCGAAAAAGAAGAGCACCAUUAUUCCAAACAUUGAAGUGAUCGGUAAUCCAUCUGUGGCCUCAGCAGAUAUAGAUGAAGGCAAUGCUGUAGGUGAUUCCAGAAAUAAUUGUUUUAUGCCUCAAGAUAAUCUUAUAGGAAAUCCAACGAUUCUCAUAAAUUCUCCAAAGUAUGGUUUUGCCAAUAAAAUAUCAGGAGCUUUAACCGCUUUUGAGGCAGCUUGGAUCAAGGAGAUAAUAGAUCUUCCCACUCCUGAUGCAACUCCUGAAGCAGAAAGAAAAAGUUUGCAGGAACAGCGUGAGUCAAGUGAUUUCUCUGAAGAACAUUAUAUGGCAGAUCUUGUGCAGACAGAAUGCACCGAGCCAUACAUAACAUAUACAGCUGAAUGGGACACCCUGCAAAAGGAUCAAGUUGUGUUCAGCGAGGGCGAGAUAGAUCUGUUGAAGGAACUUCCAAACAAAGAAUAUUUAUUAGAUGCCGACGAUGUACAAAAAUUAUCCUUAAAUCUUGUCGACAUAUUAUAUGCCAGCUGUUACAAUCAUCGAACAACAUUAGGAGAAAAUACUCCAGAAAGCAGCUGGACCAUUAAUAAAUUAAGUUCUACUCUAUGUUGGUUCCAAAAUUUUUCUUCUGUUGAUGAAGUUAUAACAGCGUGUAUUCGAAGGUCGCUUUGUUAUCCACUUUACAGAAAUUGGGAACUUUCCAUUAAAGUGUUUGAAGACGUUAAAAAAGUAUUGUUAUUAGGAAGGAUAUAUAUUGUUAAACGGUUCUGUGAAAUACAUCAUCUUUUCAAUACUUCAUGUGAACCAAGAUAUAUACUAAAUCAAUUAUACAUAAAGGAUUUUUUAAUUUGGUUGCAAAGGUUACCUGAAUCCUUAAUAGAAUCACUUCAUUCUGCAUUAAGUAACGUUAAUCCAAACAAAUCAAGUAUGAGACUAGAUUUAGUAGAACUGGAAGUGGCAGCUUAUUCUGUUCAAGAAGAGGAUUUUGUUAUAGAAAAUACUAUUCACAAAAUGACCGAAAACAUUGAGGGGAUGUCUUUGAGUAAUACCAAAGAGGAAAUGCCAAAGAAUGUAUACCAUGUUAACCAAAAUUUUUUUAAAUGUUUAUUGUCAAGCAGUUCAAGUUCCGACAGCAGUGAUUCGGAUUCUGACAGCAAUACAUCAAGUAGCAGCAGUAGCAGCAGCAGUCUAGAUUCUGAUGAUUUAGAUGACGCCCAAAUGAAUGAGAAAAAUUGAUGGCCCCGAGAAAUAAUCAUUCACUUGUUGCAUAACGUAAGGUAAUCUGACGAAUUAUACAUCGAUUUUUCCAUAAGCAUAUAAUUUUUUAACUAUUUACCUAUAACGACAUAUUGUUAUUUUUUGUAUAUUUACAUACAAGUAUUCAUUAUUUCGUGUAUUUUAUAUUUAUGCGGAUAUGUCGCAAAAUAUAAGAGAUUUUAAAUAUA